UAAAGGAUCAACCAAUAGGAUCAGAUGGAGGAAUAUUAUAAGUUGUUGUUGCAGUAUACCUGGGUAGAAGGAGUAGAGGGGGGAAAAUGUGGAAAUGAGGUGAUUAGCCUCCAUUAGCUGCACCUGGGAUGGUUGAGCUUCAGGCUGUGACCAAUCACAGGUCACCAGUGGAGCUAAAAAGCCUGAGAGACAGUUGGUUGUUGUUGGUCAGUGAGGGGGGUGGAGAGAAGGUGACAGGAAGCAGCGGCCUGUGCAACGAAGUGACUCUACAGCUGUGUGUUUUUGAAGAUGGCGCUGACACUGAUGUCCACCUUUCUUGCUGCUGUCUCUGUGGCCUCCUGUUACCCUGCAGCCUUUGAGGACCUGGGCCUAGGUGGCAAAAACAGAACCUCCAUCAAGUUCCUGGCCCUAGGAGAUUGGGGUGGAGUGCCAUACCCCCCCUACAUCACCGCGGUGCAGAAGGCUACAGCUGGAGAAAUGAGCGUGGUAGCAGAACGGAUGGGAGCUGACUUUGUUCUGGCCCUCGGCGACAACUUCUACUACACAGGUGUGAACAGUGUGGAUUCUUCUCGCUUUAAGGAAACUUUUGAGUCUGUGUACACUGCCAAGUCUCUCAGAAUUCCCUGGUAUGUGCUGGCUGGUAACCAUGACCAUGCUGGGAAUGUCAAAGCUCAGAUUGAUUACAGCAAGAAAUCUGACAGAUGGAAAUUCCCGUCCUAUUACUACGAGCUCAACUUCCGUAUUCCCAACACUGGGAAGACUUUGAGCAUCAUCAUGCUCGACACCAUAAUGCUGUGUGGAAACUCCGAUGACUUCCUGGACGAGCAGCCUCGAGGCCCCCUGCGUGCGGUCGACGCAAACCGUCAGCUGAUCUGGCUGCAGGACAGACUGGCCCGCUCCAAGGCCGACUUCCUGUUGGUGGCGGGCCAUUACCCAGUGUGGUCUGUAUCAGAACAUGGGCCCACAAAGUGUUUGCUGCAGAGACUUCAUCCUCUCCUCAUCAAAUAUAAGGCCACUGCUUACCUCUGUGGACAUGACCACAAUCUGCAGUACAUUGAAGAGUCUGGCAUAGGCUACGUGGUGAGCGGCGCCGGUAACUUCCUGGACCCAGAUAUCCGUCACUGGAACCACGUUCCCAAAGGUGCUGUGAAGUUCUUCACUGGAGAAGCCUCCACUCUGGGGGGGUUCGUCCAUGCAGAGGUCUCAAAGAAGAAGAUGGUUGUGACCUUCUUCCAGGCUAAAGGUACCUCACUGUACCGUGUUGUCCUCCCUCAGAGACAGUUUGUCUGAACAAAGAGGACGAGGUUGUCUUCUGUGAUCGUCCUGCUGCGGGGUGAUUGAGAUCAAAGCAGUUACACUUUAUGCUGUGUUUUAACUCUGUUAAUAUCUCAAAGCAUUGAUUACUUUUUAAGAGAUCAAUUAAUUUAACUUGUAAAUGUAUUGUAUGCUAAAAAAAAUAAAUGUGGUUUGUAUUAAGA